UUCGCGGCUUGCGGACCCUGCAACACGGGCGGCUGGAACGGAGAUCCGACCUACGUGGCAGCAACCCUGCAGUCUGAGGUUGCCCGGCGCCCAGACGAGCUGAGAAAAACUACACUUCCCACAACCCCUCGCGCGCCCUACUCGCUGCGGUUGCUCGUGGCCAAUCGGGAGAGGCAGCUGUGGCGGGGGCCGAGGAGGGACAUUUUAAAAGGGCCGGGGAUUGCGGGCGUCAGUGGCCAUGGCGGAUACAGCGACUACAGCAUCAGCGACGGCGGCUAGUGCCGCUAACGCUGCGACCGAUGCACCUCCUUUUCAGCUGGGAAAACCUCGCUUUCAGCAGACAUCCUUUUAUGGGCGCUUCAGGCACUUCCUGGAUAUCAUCGACCCUCGUACGCUGUUUGUCACUGAGAGACGUCUCAGAGAGGCUGUGCAGCUGCUGGAGGACUACAAGCAUGGGACCCUGCGCCCUGGGGUCACCAAUGAGCAGCUCUGGAGUGCACAGAAAAUCAAGCAGGCUAUUCUACACCCGGACACCAACGAGAAGAUCUUCAUGCCCUUUAGAAUGUCAGGUUAUAUUCCUUUUGGGACGCCAAUUGUUGUGGGUCUUCUCCUGCCCAACCAGACUCUGGCAUCCACUGUCUUCUGGCAGUGGCUGAACCAGAGUCACAAUGCCUGUGUCAACUACGCAAACCGCAACGCUACUAAGCCUUCCCCAGCAUCCAAGUUCAUCCAGGGUUACCUCGGAGCUGUCAUCAGUGCCGUCUCCAUCGCCGUGGGCCUUAAUGUCCUGGUUCAGAAAGCCAACAAGUUCACCCCAGCCACCCGGCUUCUCGUCCAGAGAUUUGUGCCAUUCCCUGCUGUAGCCAGUGCCAAUAUCUGCAACGUGGUCCUGAUGCGGUACGGGGAACUGGAGGAAGGGAUUGAUGUCCUGGAUGCUGAUGGCAACCUCGUGGGCUCCUCCAAGAUUGCAGCCAGACAUGCCCUGCUGGAGACAGCACUGACUCGAGUGGUCCUGCCUAUGCCCAUCCUGGUGCUCCCCCCAAUUGUCAUGUCCAUGUUGGAGAAGACGGCUCUCCUACAGGCGCGCCCCCGGCUGCUCCUGCCCGUGCAAAGCCUCGUGUGCCUGGCAGCCUUCGGCUUGGCCCUGCCGCUGGCUAUUAGCCUCUUCCCACAGAUGUCAGAGAUUGAAACAUCCCAGUUAGAACCUGAAAUUGCCCGGGCCACGAGCAGCCGGACAGUGGUGUACAACAAGGGGCUGUGAGUGGUGGUUGGCCGGCCUGGGGACAGCACAAUGUCCAGGCCAGCGAAGAGUUGGAGGCAGGACGGAGUCACACAGGCUGCACCUGCAGGGAGGGGCAGGCUGGACCCCACCAGGCCUGGGCCACCUGGGGAGCACUCAACCCACAGUGGUAGGAGACUAACCCAUUCACCUUUUAACAUAGGUAGGGGAGAGGAAUUCUGACACAUUUCCUAUAUAAAAGCAUCAAGUGCAUUUCUGGGCCUUACGUGGGGUUGUCAGAACUCCACUCAGCACAAUUAUGUGUGAAGCUGUAAAAGUAGGAAUGCCCAUGGGGUAGACAUAGGAUUCUCUUCUACUUUUUUUCUUUCUUUUUUUCUUUUUUUUUAAAAAUCAGAAUCAAGUCUGAGCCUUGGUUGAAGCAGACCAGAAGUGGCAGGCACACAGGUGUUGGGAACCACAGUAGGCCUGGGAGCUGGGUUGGUUUGGUGGCCUAGUUGGUAGAUUUAGGAUGUUUGGGUGGCCAAACCAGAGUGAGGAAGGGAAGGGAGGUGGUCUGCACGCCACAGAAUGAACUAAUCAUGACAAAGUCCUCAAGAAUUAGCUCAAGGGAGUCAAGAAGCCCUGGCAGGCUCUGAAUGUGGCCAGCCUUCGCCCAUGCCUCAGCUGUGGAACCAGUUCCUGAGUGAAGCACAGUGAUACGGGGCUGAGGCCUGCCUUUGUGGAGCGUUCACUGAUUUUUGGCCCCUGAGGCUCCAGCUCCAGGAAGACAGUCCCAAGAAAGAAUGAAUUUUGGCAAGAAUCAUGCACCUAUGCUGGCCUCUGCAGGAAGAUCCUCUUUCAAGUGCAGGCUGGGCACUGGGCUGAGGGUGGGCUGGAGCUGGGCUGACUGCUGUCCAGAGAGUCUCCAGCCAUGGAACCUGCCUGCCUCAUCCGUCCCUUUCUGAGCAGGAGUGUCUCACACCUGAGGGUGCCAAGGCGAGAUCCCUACGACCUGAGAGGCAGCAUCAAUCCAGAAAUGGUGGGCUUUGUUCUGGCACUAACAGGCUAUGUGGCCUUGGGCAGUCCGCUCCCUUCUCUGAUCCUGCACUCCCUGCCCAGAAGCAAAAUACUGGAUCAGGUGUUUCCCACCACUCUUCCAGUUCAUCUUUGCCUGUUCUGCUCAGAUGCUGGUCAUCUCAGGCAUAUCCUCAACGUGGACACUGGCCUGGGAAAGGAGCAGGCCCCUUGGGGAUUGGCCAGCAGUUGGCCUCAGAACCUGGACUGUGCCCUUCUUCAUCUGAGCCCGCAUCCCAGGAGCCCUGGACCUUUGCCAAACGUUUCACUGUCCUGGAGGAGGCGAUAGCGUGAAUGCCUUUGCUGAGCAGGGGCCCACCACUGUAUCUGCCUCUCACUUCUGCAGGUUCAGAGUGCCCUUGCUGCUGGUUCUUCCUCCCAUUUGCAGGCAAGGGAGGAAGAGAAGGAAGUGGGAGACAGGGUGACUCUGCAUCUAAAAGGCCCAAAAAAAGGGGAAUCAUGGCCUUGAUGUACUCCUCACCUGACUCCCACUAGGAUAGGCCCUCUCAACAUGCAGCCCCUGGGCCUCCCUCUCCUGGUGGCCUUGAGAGGGAUCUAGGCCAGAGGUGAACAUGUGUGUGCAGGGAAAGGCAUGUGUGAGCAGCAAAAAUGUGGCCCCUGACAGUCUCUCCACAUCUCUAGGGACAUGUCGUUGUGGUGAGAUGGGUCUUCCAUGGCACUGACACACGCACCCUUGGUGGCCAGCAGCUGGCUGUGCGGGAUGUUGUCCUGAGGAUCUGCCACACUCUGGAGGAGCAGCCCACCCCUAGCUCAUCAGGGAGAGAUGUAGAUUGGCAUGGAAGACAAAUCAGCAGGGGAGAAGGGGCCAGAAAGUUGGAGGGGGCAGUUUUGAGCCAGCCGCACCAUAGUAUGAAUGUGCCAAUGACUGCUAGCUGUGCUGGUCGCUAGGCCUGGACUGGAAACUGAGUCCUCUUUGGAAAAGCUCAUUUCAAGCUCACCCUGCUCCCUCUUGUCAUAGGGUUUUGUUCUUGUGCACUUUAUCUUGGGCCCAAACGUCCCCCCUACCCUUAACUGUCCCUUGUACUCCUGCUCCAUGCUGGCUGCCCCAGCCCAGCCUCACCUGCCCCUCCACCGUGGCCUCGGCAUCUCAUAAGCUAUCUGGUUUGUCUCCAAAUGAUUUUUGUCAUGCUCUCAAAUAUAAUUCCAGGUGAGCUAAGGGGUUGCUUUGUAGAGAGGUACAUUAGAAAAGGAUCCUUGUAGCUCAGCGUGAUGUGACAAGGGGUUCAGUGAGCCAUGCUACCAAGCCCUGGUCUGGCCUUAGAAAACCCCAUAAAGGGAAACUUGCUGCUAAUGCCCAUGCUCAUCUCCGCUAAGGCCAGAGGAGAGAGGUAGAUUGGUUCAUGAUUGGAGAGGAGGCCAACAUUUUCCUGGCCAACCCUCUUCUGGUCAUUUCAAACAUUCCUUCAGUCCUGGGGAUGCCCUUCUCCUAUUCCCAAAAAGCAAUUGGAGAGUAUAAGCUCCAAAAGUCAAAGAUGUCAAGAUGGCCGCCAGGCCCUGUUCCCUUCCUGAUUGUGCGCUGGCUUGUUUCCUGUUCGGAGCCUCUGGCCUGGGAAAAGGUCGGGUCCCGAGGAGAAGAGCACAAGGGGAAGAUCCUAAGUGGCCUCUCAGCUUUAGGCAGGGAUGAGUGAGGCCCCAACCCACAGGCCUUGGCACACCCAGGUGACUUUACAAUGUCUUUUUAACCUUCUCAAGAAAUUUCUCAAUCUAUGUGAUUUAUGUAAUACUAACGAGCUGUGGGCAAUAAACAAAGGAUUUAAAGCA